UUAAGGUUUACAAUGUCACUGUUUACUUCGCACUGAACCACUGCAUGGGCUGUGAGGUCAAAAGGUUACAAUGUGCCUAAUUUAUUGAUUUUUUAGAGGAAAAUUUUGGUGGCAAUCGACUAAAUAUAGAAAUGAUCAAAUGAUGUUUUUAAUUAAUAUCUUUACCUGUUUACAAGUAGAUAUAUUUUAAUAAGGUAAAGUCCAGCUGUUUAAUUAUACAGAACACCGGUCGGACACACAUCACAUCUCAGCAGUGUUUUUACAGCUAUCAUUAUUCUUAAUGCCUAAGUUUUUAUAGCGCAACAAAAAACGGUCGCAAAAACUACAUGAUUUAUAUAAAUACAAUACAUAAUAAAAUGUUGGCGAAAUUUAUAACUUUAGCACUAAACGCAAACGCAGAAGGUUCACGCAGUGGAAGGAGAAAUUAACUGCUCGGGCAGUCAUUCAUUUACAGCCGCAGGCCCCGGGCUGCAAGGCAACUCACUUUUCCGCUGACUGUAUCUUCAGUAUCUACUUAAGAAAUCCAACAUGGAAAACCCACAUCUUACUCGUGUCAGGAUUCAAACUUAGCUCAUGAUUGCUCUAGAAAUUAGUGGUAUAGUUAGGCAAAUAUUAUAUCUCAUUGGAAGAACAUUUUUAUUAUUUGCCUCGCAAGCGACGUGCUCAGCUGGUCUCAUGCAUUUUCUUUCCAAUGCACCGUCGUGCUAUCGUCGCGUAGAUGUGUGCGCGUGUGUGCGUGAGUUCCGCACACGAGCACAUGUCCGGCCGGUAUUAGGAGUGGAUCUUCUAAAGUGGGUGUCACAGUCGGUCCGAGGUUCAGUAUCAAGGCACCGCGGCCGAUGCUCGCAGUUUAUAACUAAGAGUUGCGUCAGCGCGGGCGCAGUGGUGGGCAUGCGACGCGCGCACUCGGCAGCAGGUCUCGCGGCGCUCGCGCUGCUGGUGGCGGCGACUGCGGCGCCGGGCAGCACCCCCGCGCCCGACGCGCUCUCCGUGCUGGGCGCCAUCCUGCCGCCCUUCGUCAGCCAGCGCUUCGACGAGCUGGUGAAGGCAGCCUCCGCCACCUGUGAGGUGCUCCCGCAGCAGCUGCUGUUCUCGCGCACGUCGCUGGAGGCGGCGCAGACGCCGCUGCUGAAGUACUCGCGCGGGCGGCGGCGCGCCGUGACAGUGGUGGGCGCGCUGCGGCCACGCCGCGCCGGCGACGCGCUCGUGCUGUACGUGCCGGGCUGGUGGAACACGCCCAGCGACCCCUCCUCGCGCGCCAUCCUCGAGGCGCUGCUCACGCGCCACGCCGCCGUGCACAUGCUCGACACGCGCCUCUCCUUCUGCCGCGGCUACGUCGCCUCCGUCUCCAACGUUAUGCCGCUCUCGCACUUACUAUACAGCUUCAUCAAAGGUCUGCACAAAUCGGGCUACCCCGUGUCCUCAAUACAUAUCAUAGGGUUCAGUUUGGGCGCACACGUCGCCGGCCUUACCGGAAAACUGGUGAGGAAGAAACUGAACGCCACAUUGGGGCGUAUCACUGCGCUGGACCCGGCGCGGCCGUGCUUCGCGCGCACGGAGUUCCGACUGGACAAGCGCGACGCGCAGUUCGUGCAGGUGGUGCACUCCAGCAGCGGCGUGCUCGGGCUCGAGGAGCCGGUGGGGCACGCCGACGUGUACGUGAACGGCGUGAGCAGUAAGCAGCCCGAGUGCCGCGACCGCAGCAUCAGCCUCGAGUGCGACCACGCGCAGGCCUGGAAGCUGUACUCGGCGUCGGUGACGGACGAAGCCUCGCUGACUGGUCGCCGCUGCGCCUCUUGGGACGAGCUGAUGCAGGGCCGGUGCAGCGGCGAGGAGGCCGUGCUCGGCUACUCGUGCAGCGACACACAGCACGGCAUGUUCCUCUAUAAGUCGAAGGAUACACUCGACGCCAAGCCGAGAGAAGUGCAAGCCUUCAACCCUUUUAACAUACUGAGAUGGCCGUUCAACACUUGGCGAAGUAAUAAUAACGAGAAACUAUAAUGAUGCAUUUUGUGACGGUGAGUUGUUACAAUUAGGUAGUUUCAGAAACAUUGGGAAGUGUAGUGACUACUUCUGCGGCUGACUUGUCAUAAGUAUGUAAGUAAAGUACACAUCAUUGUGAUUGCGUGACUGUGAUAUUAAUUAAGUUUAAAGUAAAAAUAAAUACAUUAAAAAAAACAA